AUGCACCACCUCGGCUGCUUCUCCGAGGCCUCGUUCCACCACCUGGUCAUCACCCUUGUCGACACGGCCUUCUCGCAUCUCGCCAACAACCUGCUCCGCGCCACGCCGACGUACGCCUCACUCGCGGACACCCAGCUCUCGCUGCUGGCACGGGCGAACGCCUCAGGCGAGGUUCCAGCCCAGCUCGACGUCUCGACGCUCGGCAUGGAGCUGGCGGCGCCGCUGACACAGCAGCUGGCAGCGGUGGUGAGCACCCGCUCGACCACCUUUGUCGAGCGCACGUCGGCCUCAUUUGAGGCCUUUGUCUCGCGCCCGAGCUCGCUGCUGGAACAGAACCGCAAGCGCCGGGUCGAGGGUAUGACCGGCGGACAGAUGCUGAGCUCGCGGGCGCGCAAGCGGCGCAAGGCUGUCGCCGGCGGCAACGCGCCGGCCCCCGCCUCGGAGGAAGUGCUUGCCCGCAACCGGCAGUACGUGCUCGACAUGCUGACGCUCCCGGUCCUGGCGCACUCGUCGCGGGGAGCAGUCGAUCCCAAGCGAGUGCGGGCGGUGGCGCGGACGCUGUACGCAUACGUCAAGCCUGCGGUGGCGCUCCCCUCGCGCGACGAGUACCGCGAGGUCCUGCCCGCGCGUCCGGCAUCCGAGGCCGUCGUUGCCACUGUGAGGAUGUUUAGCCAGAAUCCGCUGGUGUGGGAGGUGCUGGAAACGCUUGUGCCUGCGGCGCCGGUCCAGUUCUGCCGCUACCUCGAUGUAUUCCGGGCGCUCCUCGCGUGGCACGUCGGCUCGUGGCACCUUGCCGCGAAGCAGGCCAAGGUCCGGAGUCCGAGCGCAAGCGCAGCUGCCGAAGCCGCUCUGCGCGAUGAGACCGCCCAGCUCCUGCGCAUCCUGGCAGCCGCGCAGUGGUUCCCGCGUCCGCUCUCGGCCCUUCCCAUGAUGCUUGACGGGCUCCGGGCCGGCGAUAUGGUCGACGUCCUCACCGCGCUGUGGAACUUUGCGCUCAUGUACCCUGCCACAGUUGACGCCUUUCGGGUCCAGCCGGACUCGAUCCCGCCGGUCCACGUCCGAGUCUUCCCCUCGCGAACAACGCAAGCUGCGACAGCGACUGUUUGA